ACCGACUCAAUUCAUGAUUUUUGUUAAAAGAGAGAGCAAAUAAGAUUUUGCCCUAACAAUCGUCUUCUGCUUCAUCUUCUUCUCUCUCACCGUACUCUACCUUUGAGUUUCUCCGACUAUCCCUUCUUCUCUCACACUCUCUCUGCUUCAUCCUCUCUCAUCCACUUUCGCAUUUCUUACAGUAACAGCGACACCAGAUCUUAAGUUUUCUCGUCUUCACUCCACGUUUUCAUUUUCAGGAAACUUACCACCCUGUUAAUUUGUUUGAAUCCCCGAGUUUCGUUUAGGCUUGUAUUUCAUUUUGGUAUAAAAAGUUGGUUGUGCAAAUAGAAGAAAACUAGAGAUGAGUAUUGGUGGUGAAAAAGGUUCUGCAUCAACAAAGACACCAGCGGACUUUCUCAAGUCAAUUCGGGGUCGUCCCGUAGUUGUGAAACUCAACUCUGGUGUUGACUACAGAGGUAUUCUUGCCUGUCUCGAUGGAUACAUGAAUAUAGCAAUGGAGCAAACCGAAGAAUAUGUAAAUGGACAGUUGAAGAACAAAUAUGGCGAUGCUUUCAUUCGUGGAAAUAACGUUCUGUACAUCAGUACAUCAAAGAGGACAUUAGCAGAAGGGUCAUCUUAGCGACGCUAAGAAUUCUGACAGGAAAUGAGAGAUGGGUCGGAAUUGGAAAUUGAUCAUGAAAUUGUGUUGUGUACAAUGAAGUAGUGAGUCCAAUCAUCGCGCCAAGAUGUUAUGUUGUGGUUGUGAACAACUUCGACCAAAACUCUUGUUUGGUAGGAAAGAAAUGAAAUGCAAACUAUGAGACCUUUGGACCUUUCUUUUAUUGGAAUUACUAUUUUGAUCUGCCUGAGACCCAAUUAACAAAUCCCUCCUUUUUAAAA